GACAGGGCGCCCUCGGCGCAGGGGAACAGCACUGCGGGCACCGGCGUGGCUCUCCGGACGGCUGCUGCCUGCGCCCCGAGUCGGGCAGCGCGUAGCCUCCGCCGACGGGAGAACAGGAGAUGAGUCGCAAUCGCCGCCGUCGCCGCCGCCGCCGCCCAAGGCCGACGGCCGAUGUCCCCGCUCUGGGCUAAGCUGCCCGCUCCGCUCGGCGUUCCUCAGAGCUCGAGAGCUGCGAGGGCGUCUUGGUGUGGCCCCCGCCGUCUUGUUCGGUCGGUGCGAGGGCGGCGCGGCGGAGGGAUGGGCUGCGCCCCCAGCAUCCAUGUCUCGCAGAGCGGCAUGAUCUACUGCCGCAACUCGGACGAGUCCAAUUCGCCGCGUCAGACCGCCGCCGUCUCGCAGGGAACGGGCGCCACCGUGCACGGGCUCUUCAUCAAGACCGACGCGGCCGACUCCAUCCCUUCGGUGCUCGCCUACCAGAGUCGCCAGGCGCCGAACUGCCCGGCCUAUCCGCGCAGGGAGAUGGGCAGGAGUGGGGGUCGCCACUGCUGUGGCGUCGUCGAGGCGGAGACCCAGACCCGCCAGAGUAGCGUAAAGGUAUUGUUAAUCUUUGCCAAAGAAGACAAACAGAGUGAUGGAUUCUGGUGGGCUUGUAAUAAAGCUGGGUAUAGGUGUAACAUUGCUCGGACACCAGAAUCAGCACUUGAAAGCUUUCUUGAUAAAUAUCAUGAAAUAAUUGUUAUAGAUUAUCGAAACUCCAGACAUUUUGAUGCAGAAGCCAUCUGUAGGUCAAUUCGUGCUACAAAACCUGCUGAACAUACUGUGAUAAUAGCUGUUACCUUACAAACAUCUGCUGGUCAGGAAGAAGCUUCUGUUCUCCCACUUCUCCAUGCAGGAUUUAAUAGGAGAUUUUUGGAGAAUAACAGCAUCAUUGCUUGUUACAAUGAACUGAUUCAAAUAGAACAUGGUGAGGUGCGAUCCCAGUUCAAAUUACGGUAUGUAAGCAUUUUUUGUUACCAAUUAUCCCCUGGGUUAGAAAAAACAGAGUCGUGGUAUUACAUCGAAAUAACUCUAAUACAUGAUGAUGAAAAGUGUGCAGGAGAUCAGUUUCAAUCAGACUCUCACUCCUUCAGAUGCAAGAACAGAAGGAAAGAAUCCAUUGAUGCUAAAUCAAUAUCUUCUCAAAGUAGUGAUGCAACAAGUUUACAGAAUCAUCGAUAUUCAUCUAUAGCAAGAAUCCACUCCAUGACAAUAGAAGCUCCAAUUACAAAGGUUAUUAAUAUAAUCAAUUCAGCUCAAGAGAAUAGUCCGGUGACUGUAGCAGAAGCUUUGGAUAGAGUGUUGGAAAUCUUACGAACAACAGAACUUUAUUCUCCACAGUUAGGAACCAAAGAUGAUGACCCUCAUACUAGUGAUCUUGUUGGAGGACUGAUGACUGAUGGCUUGAAAAAACUGUCAGGAAAUGAGUAUGUCUUUUCUAAAAAUAUGAACCAGAGCCAUUCAGUGCCAGUCACUAUCAGUGAUGCUCCGCCCUGCAUUGCAAACUUAUUGGAUAAUGAAGAGAGCUGGGACUUUAACAUUUUUGAACUGGAAGCUGUUACAAAUAAAAGGCCAUUAGUUUACCUGGGUUUGAAAACUUUUUCCCGUUUUGGCGUCUGUGAAUUCUUAAACUGUUCAGAAACCACACUGCGCUCAUGGUUCCAAGUUAUUGAAGCAAACUACCACUCCUCCAAUUCUUACCAUAACUCUACUCAUGCAGCAGAUGUUCUGCAUGCUACAGCAUUUUUUCUGGGGAAAGAAAGAGUUAAGGGAAGCCUUGAUCAUUUAGACCAAGUGGCUGCAUUAAUAGCGGCAACAAUUCAUGACGUGGAUCAUCCAGGACGGACCAAUUCUUUUCUGUGCAAUGCAGGCAGUGAACUGGCUGUUCUCUACAAUGACACUGCUGUCUUAGAAAGCCAUCACACAGCUCUGGCCUUCCAGCUGACAACAAAAGACAACAAGUGCAACAUUUUUAAAAAUCUCAACAGAAAUCAUUAUCGUACCCUUCGUCAAGCAAUUAUUGACAUGGUCUUGGCAACAGAGAUGACAAAGCACUUUGAGCAUGUGAAUAAGUUUGUGAACAGCAUCAUCAAGCCCAUGCCCUCAGAUGAAAGCAACAAUGAUAGUGGUGAUUGUGAAUACCCAAACAGUCUCAAGAACUUUCCAGAUAACCAAACACUGAUCAAGCGCAUGAUGAUAAAAUGUGCAGAUGUUGCAAAUCCAUGUCGUCCUCUAGAAUUGUGCAUUGAAUGGGCUGGGAGAAUUUCUGAAGAAUAUUUUGCCCAGACUGAUGAAGAAAAGAAGCAGGGCCUACCAGUUGUGAUGCCUGUAUUUGAUCGAAAUACCUGCAGCAUCCCCAAGUCUCAGAUAUCUUUCAUUGAUUACUUUAUAAUGGACAUGUUUGAUGCUUGGGAUGCAUUUGCAUAUCUACCUGGUCUGAUGCAACACCUAGCAAAUAACUACAAACACUGGAAAAAAUUAGAUGAAUCAAAGUGUAGGAGCCUUCGUCUCCCUUCAGAGAAUAACCUUGGAAGCUGAAGAGGACAAAAGAAAGAUCAGAGCCUACCACAUACACUGUGAACCAUAUACUGGUAUGGACCCAAGAAGGGUUGAAUUUCCUUCACAAUGAAGUAACCAACUGGGAAAUGUGGAGAAAAAUAUUGUUUCUCAAUUUUAAAUAGUUCAAAAUUCUAUAAAACUGUGGGCUUUUUUAAAAAAUAAAGGACAUAAUUUAGAGACAAGAAAUGGUUUAUAAACGCUAUCCUUUUUUUUUUGUGGAAUAAUAGAUCCUUUUAAGGGUGGUUUUAUAAAAUGGUUGUAAUUUGUCAAAUGAUAUUUAAUUUAUUAGCCAAAAUCAAUUGUAAAGCAAGAAAAAUAGCUUCUUUGAAAAAUUUAUGAACAGUAUUUAAUUUAAAGUUUAUUUUACAAAAGCCUUGUUCAUAGCAAGUAUAUAUAUUAAUUAUACACUUGUCACGUUUUUGACACUGAGAACAAUUCAUCCAGAGACCCUAAUAUUUCAAACAUGGUGGUAUCUCAUUUCCCAUUCUAUCGACUUCCAGGAUCUACUGCAGAUCUCUGUGUUUCCUCCUGCCACAGCCAUGGGAGCCAGAGCUCUACCUUCAGAUAGCUAGUCAGUCUUAAAAGGACCCAUUUGCUUGCUUGCUUCCAAUUAGUAGAGCAAAAAAGCAUAUGUGUUGACCCCACUGAAUGAGAAAUCAUUUCUUAAUGUAAUUGCUGAUCUGUCAGACUUUGUUCUCAUUUAUACAUUUACGAUUACUGUGAUUCAAGCCUGUCUAUGCGUGGAGCCCUCCUCCCUAUGCAGGCUUCCCAGCAGGUUUCAUUAUCAGGGGCAAGUUUGUAUGCACAGAGCUAGCUCCCUCACUGGCCCUUUGUUACAGUGGGGACUUGCUGCACACUGUGAUUUUUACAACAAGAAAUCCUUGUCUGUGUUUUGCUUGUUAACUAAUCUUUUAGAAAAUUGUAGUUGAUAUAAAUUCACAAAUUAAACAAACCCAUAGUUUUCUCUGCCUUUUAAUAGGUAACAUCAGCCAUAUAUGAAAGUCUAGACAAGUAGUAAAAUGAACAACUAGCACUCCAUCUUAAAACAUUUCUUUGCAUCUGCCACAAUAUGUCAUGCUCUAUGAUGUUGUACAGUUCCAGAUUUCAUCUACAUGCUUAGAAGAGGAAUUGCUGGUACAGAUCCUAUGAGCAGAAAGUGACAGAUGCUUUAUAUACAUGAGCCGUAAAUAAAACAAAUCCUGCUUAUAUAUUAUGUAAUAUAUGAGACUUAUUAAUAGAAAAUCUCCAGAAUUGACACCUAUACAAAGGCCUCCAACCCUCUUUCUUAGAGAAGGGAAAUGGAUGCUCAUCCCUCUAUGAGGGGUAGGAAACCCCAGUGCCUUGAUGUCCUGGAUUGCAGCCAUAGCAAUUACUCUAAAGACUUUAGUGUUAAGAACAUAAGCCACUUAUAUGCUGAAUGCUGAAACCCCUAAUAUUAAAACCCUUUACUUAAAAAACUAAAAUAAUAUAACCCUAAUGAUGUGGUUCAUGUACUGAAUGUAACUUUCUCAUUCAAGUAUGAAGUUUUUACAUUAGGUGCCAAAGCACAAAUAUUUUUACAUUUACUUUAAACAUAGUGGAAAAGUGUGAUGGGGCCUUGCACUGGACAAUGAAUGAAACCUAUGCUUUUACACAACUGCCAUUGAUUUAAAUUGAGAUCACACAGGAGUUAUUCCUAACAAAUUGAGUUUUUUAAAAUUACCCUGACUUCUAGUUUUCAUUAAAAUGGAAGCAUUCUUUAAAUAAGCUCAUGAGCUUAGACAAUCUUCACUUACUAGGUCAUUACUCAAAUAUUCUAUUUCACUAAUUAUUUAUAUUGUGCUUUAUAGGAAGCUGUAGAAAAAUUGACAUUUAAAGUAGAGUAGUAUACUGCCCAUCAAAAAGAAAUCUGAUUCUCUUCUGUAUAGUCAGAGAAAAUAAAACAGGUGAACUGAAAAAUGACAAUGAUUGUAGCUUAAAGAAUGUGCCAACAUUUUUCAAUGUUUUGUAUCAAGUUAUGUAAAAUUGUAUUAUACUCUCAUAAUUCCCAUGCUGAGAAAUGAACAAAAGCUAUAUUUUUGUUAAAAAUGUAAUAGAAUCUAACUCUGGUUGCUAUGUAUUAAAAUGCUAUAUUGUGUUUAAAAA